AAUAUGAAGCAUUGUCGUCAAAAUCAAAAUGAAUCAUUCAUCACAGAGCAUCUGGUAUCCUGGUUAAGACAAAGCGUAUAGCUAGGGCUUGGGUGGUGUCAUCAUCGUUAUCUUGUUUUGCUCUUGGUAGCCAUGGAUUCUCUGCUAGCAAACUACGCCUCUUCAGACGAAGAACAAGAUCAACAACCACACAAACCAACCCAAUCCACAAAAACCACAACGACGUCGUCUUCUCCUUCUUCUUCCUUCUUCUCCACUCUUCCUCCUCCCAAAUCAUCAUCAUCAUCAUCAUCUUCUCUCUUUCAAUCUCUUCCUCCACCCAAACAACCUUCUUCAACCGAAAUCCCUAAACCUAAAUCCCAAUUCCAGGAACAACAACCCAAAAGGGUUGUCCAAUUCAGACCCCCAAUUAUCCCUCUACCUAACCCCACCGAUCUCGACGACGACGACGAUGACGAAGUUGAUGAAGAAGAACAAGAAGAGCGAAACAGAAGAAGAAAAUUGGAGUCGUCCACUCAAGCACCGUCGGUGAAAUCAUUCUUGUCCACCAUUCCUGCACCCAGGAACACCGCCACUCUCGGUGUUCAAUCGAGUUCCGGUUCUGGCCGGAGAUCCAUCAUCGAAACCGAUGCACCAGCACCAGCACCGGCACCGGUACCCGCACCGGUACCGGAGCUGCCGGCGUCAAGUUCUGCAGGAGAAGAGAGCGUUGAUCAAAAUGCUGCUGGUUAUGAGAAUUACCAGUAUGGCACUGAACAGUAUGAUAGCUAUGGCAAUUACAGUUGGGGUACUGAGCCAGAGGCUGGAGCUGUUUAUGGAAAUAAUGGUGGUGAUGAUGCCUAUGCAAAUUAUGCUGCCUAUGGGGAUCAAGGACAAGGACAGUAUGAAAGUAACUGGAUUGAUCGCUCCGUGCCGCCGGAGGCAUCUGGGGUUAGUGAUACUACGGUGAUAUUUCCUAGCAAGAGACGGAGGAAUGAGAUUCCCACGGAAGUGAUUGAGGUGAAGCAAGAUGAGCUUAUGAAGAAUCGGCCAAGAGAGGAUCAAGCUAAGAUCACUGGGAUAGCUUUUGGACCCUCUUACAUGCCUGUCUCGUCGGCAAAAGGAAAGCCCACAAAGCUGCAUAAGAGGAAGCAUCAAAUUGGUUCAUUGUACUUUGAUAUGAAGCAAAAUGAAAUGAAACUGGCCGAGCGGCGGGCAAAGGGCAUGCUUACCAAAGCUGAAACACAAGCAAAAUAUGGAUGGUGAUUCAGGGAUGAUGCUGAACUCUGUGAAUGCAUGUUUGAAAUCACUCUACAGUUGAUUAUGAAGACAAAAUUAAUUAUGGGGAGGAACUUUUGUCUGUAGUUUUUUAGUGCUAGAGUUUAUUCUAAGCUUACACAAACAAGUUUUGUGAAUUUGUACCAUGAUUUACAAAGUGAAGCCUUUGUUUUUCACUGUUCUGAAUGUAUUCUUCAGCUCUGUUUUUUUAGUUCAAAGGAUGAAAUUUCAUCAUAAUCUGACCAUGGAAUUUCAGACAGUACAAAUUUUAUCCUUGUGUUAUGAUAUGAGUCGUGAUAAAUGGAAUCAUAUUUCUUAUUUUC